CACACUGCGCUUAUGGCGUCAAUUUGAAAACAACGGAACUUACGAAUUUGAUCGCGUCCUUUGCAGCGUGCUCCGUUUGCUUGUUUGUUUAUUGUGAAAAUAUUAUAUUUUUGCAGUAGAACUUGUGAUAAAUCGGGGCAUUCCCUGCAAGUAAAACCCCUCCACAGUAAAACGCGGCAAACAGAAAAUGGCGCUUUCGGCCUUGGCGUCCUUUGAUGAUCUGCGACGCUGCAUGCAAGUGCUAACCGAUGGAACUGCCGAGGAGGAAUUCCUGCGAUUCCUGCGCAUGUUCGAGCAAUACCACGACAAGUGCGCUGGCUACGCGGCCGAGACGGCCAGGAUCCAAAACGAGUUGGAUAAGUCGCUGACGAAGAUGGGCGACUUGGAGGGCAAGCUCUUCCACGCGCGCCGCAUCAUCGACAUGGAGAUCAAGGCGCGUCGUCAGGCGGAACACGAACGCGACGCCAUGGAGGGCAAGAUCAUGGCCGUUGCGGAUCUGCUGCGUCACGAGCGCAAUCUAAACAACGAGACCCGAGACAAGCUGGCCUUCCUGCACACACUGCCCUGCUCAAGGAAGCGCAAAUCGUUAAACGGCGUGCGGGAGGAUAAGUCCUAUGGCGACAUCAACUCCACCGGAUCGCUGCUUUCCGAUCUGUCUAUUACACACUCUGAGGACGACUUCCUGGAUGUGCGCACAUCGAAAUCCUGGCGUGAGCACCGACCCUCGCUGCCCAAGAACACUAUUCCCUGUGUCGGCAACAAGAGAUCGCGCCUGAGUACUGGUCUAAAUGGCAGUAUGUCCGGAAACACUCCAACCACCAGUAAGUCACGGCGGUCUGGCGUGGGUAUCGGCGUGGAGCAGCAUACGGUGGACGUGGGUCAGGGCGCUGAGCGCUUUUGUGCCACUACCAAGGUAACCAUACCCCAGAAUGGGCAGGGCGUGAUUAGGGCAGAGUCGACCAUAGAGUCGCUACCGGUGAUUGGCGGAAACGAGAGGAUCGGUGACGGCCUGUCUUCAACGCCACGACGAUCUGUCCUGAAGGAGGCUACCGCUCCGCCGCUGACGCCAGUGAACGUGAUGGCCCCGCACGUAACCGAAUCCGGAACUCCGUUGCAGCACCGUCCGCUGAUGAGGAAUCACACCUUCAGCCAAAAGACAUUCUUGCGCGGGGACAACUGCGUGCAGUGCCAAAAACGCAUUCGAUUUGGGGCCGUGGGUCUGAGAUGUCGCGAUUGCCCGGUGCGCUGUCACAUUGAUUGUCGGUAUUUACUCACCGUUAGCUGUGUGCCCCAAACGGGAACACCCACGUCUAAGACCAUGACCGGCUAUGUCUCAGACUUUGCCCCAUCUAUUGCCCCAAUGAUACCGGCUCUGAUAGUGCACUGUGUCAACGAGAUAGAGGCCCGCGGCCUCACUGAGGUGGGCCUCUACCGGUUGUCGUCGUCUGAGAGGGAGUACAAGGCUCUUAAGGAACAGUUUCUGCGAGGCAAGGCCACUCCACAUUUGGGCAACACGGACAUCUACGUAUUGUGUUGUUGUGUAAAGGAUUUCCUGAGGUCUCUCACCGAGCCUCUCAUUCCUACCAGCCAGUGGAAAGAUUUUGCCAACGCCGUGCAGAAUCCCGACAUCAAUGUCGCGCAGGAGAUGCUGUACAAAUCGGUGAAGCAGCUACCUCAAGCCAAUCGGGAUACUCUGGCCUUCCUCAUACUGCACUUCCAGCGUAUUGCCCAGUGCCCCGUCGUGCUGAUGCCGAUCGAUAACAUUUCACUCAUCUUUGGCCCCACGAUUGUGGGCUACUCCACGCCAGAUCCCGACCAGCAUGCGAUCUACACAGAAGUCUUCACUCAGAAGCAGGUGAUGAAGGCCCUGCUCGAGCUGCCCGUUUCGUUCUGGGAGCAAUACAUUGUUAUAGAUGCGACAAAAGCGCCAGCAGCAGUAAUCAAGAGGGUGCCCAGCAGCAAACAUGACUUGCUGUCGCUGUAUUCCACACCCUUUAAGGGCGGCACCAUUAAGAAGCGAAAGUUUUAUGGAACGCCGCCGACAUCUGCCCACAAGAAAUAAUGAAAACAUUUGACGUGUUAUUUAAGUUUACUACAAGUAUUUGCAGUUUUUUGUUUCCGGCCAGCAAUAUCCGAGCUGUUGUUGUAUUUGUACCUAAUGCAAGCAACUUUUCUUUAUAACUAAAGCGUUCGAUUAUAAACUUAAGCCCAUUACUCUUACUAACGAAGUAUACUUAUUUUGAGAAAUAAAGUAAAAUAUGCAUUUGAGAAGGAUUAUGAGAAAUGAAAAUAAAUAAAAAUAAUAUAACCAUGUUUA